GGGAGAGAGAGAAAUUCCGCGUUGGCACCCGGCUGGGGGUUAUAGUGCCGGUUACCGCCUCUCUUUCUUUCCCCCCGUCAGUCUUGUGUUGGACCUCUUGGAGGUGAAGUGUCCCGUGUUCGCUCCCGCACCCAACUUGUCCGUGCUUUAAAUUGUGAAAAAAACGCGAAAUUUGUAGUGAAGUGUGGAUAAGAUUGUGGACAGUACAGCGUGUAGACUGUAGAGGCUUCAAGUGCAGCGUGUAGAGGCUUCAAGUGCAGCAGCGUGUAAAGGCUUAGCUCCAAGUGGGAUAAGUUGUGUUGUUGACAAGUGUGAGGAAGACUGCAGGACGCUGGGGGACCGGAAGCAGGGGACGGGCGCGCCUGGCGCCAUGGGCAACUCCGACAAUGAGGAAGCUGUGCGAGAGUGCGAGCGGCGGGUGGUGACCCCAGACGAUGCGGAUGACUUGAGUCCCAUGCCGACCCACAUAGCCACCAGCAAGGCCGGACGAAGAGGGGCCAUCUCGGCCGAGCCCCUCUCCGAGGACGAUGCUACCUCUUAUGUUAAGAAGGUGGUGCCUAAAGAUUACAAAACAAUGGCAGCCCUGCAGAAGGCAAUUGGAAAAAAUGUACUGUUUGCCCAUUUGGAUGAAAAUGAGAGGUCGGAUAUCUUUGAUGCCAUGUUUCCCGUUAAUGCCCUUCCUGGAGAAGUCAUCAUACAACAGGGGGAUGAGGGUGACAAUUUCUACAUCAUGGAUCAAGGAGAAGUUGAGAUUUUUGUGAAUGGUGAACAUGUGACUAGCAUUGCUGAUGGUGGAAGCUUUGGGGAAUUGGCUCUCAUAUAUGGCACACCAAGACAAGCAACAGUAAAGGCCAAGACAGAUACCAAGCUCUGGGGUAUAGAUAGAGAUUCUUACAGACGGAUCCUCAUGGGCUCUACUAUAAGGAAACGGAAAAUGUAUGAAGAAUUCCUAUCUAAAGUAUCAAUCCUUGAAUCACUGGACAAAUGGGAGCGCUUAGUGGUGGCCGAUGCACUUGAGCCCGUGUCGUUUGAGUCGGGCUCUACCGUUGUGAGGCAAGGAGAGGCCGGAGACGAUUUCUACAUCAUUGUGGAGGGCACUGCAGUCGUCAUGCAGGCUCGCACCCCAGCUGAUGAACCUGUUGAAGUUGGCAGGCUUGGUACAUCAGAUUAUUUUGGUGAGAUUGCCCUUUUGCUGGACCGCCCACGAGCUGCCACAGUUAUGGCAGAUGGGUCUCUGAAGUGCGUCAAAUUAGAUCGGGCCAGGUUUGAACGUGUUCUUGGAAGCUGUGCAGAUAUUUUAAAGCGGAACAUUGAGCAGUACAACUCCUUUAUUGCACUAACAGUUUAGACCAUAAUUGAACCGCCAUUGUAGCCCAUAUGUAUGCAUUCAUUAGUUAAUUGUGCGCAACUCAAUAGGUUCACAUGUAAACAACUGUAAUAUGCUCCUGUUUAGGUGCUGAAAUGUGCUAACUUGUAGGGCCACAACACCAAUACUGGAACUUGGUUAUAAAGGUGUGGGGCAGUUAUGUAGGGUUUUAGGUAGUCUUUUUGUGUGUACAGUUUGUCAACAGCUACAGCUGGUAAAGGGAGAGUGCCAUCCAUCACUAAAUAGGGGUGGUAUAAUCCACCACCACAUGUGAGGGAUGAUAUAAUCCAUCACCACACAUGAGGGAUGAUAUAAUCCACCACACACGAGGGAUGGUAUAAUCCACCACAGGUGAGGGGUGGUAUAAUCCACCACAUGUGAGGGGUGGUGUAAUCCACCACAGGUGAGGGGUGGUGUAAUCCAUAACUGGUGGUGAUAGGAAUGGAAUCGUUGAGAGCAGGCAGUGCUUGAUGUUACCUGACAUCACUGGUGAGGUUGUACCACCAGCCACUAGGCAGUGCUUGAUGUUACCUGACAUCACUGGUGAGGUUGUACCACCAGCCACUUGCAGGAAGGAGAGAACUGUCUAUCAAUAAAAAGAUGGGCAAGUAUCACCUGGUGGGGUGGGGGGGAGGGGAGGGGAAUAAGGUACCAUCUAUCGCUGAUGUGAUGGCACUGUAAUAUACUGCUAGUAUAAGGUUAGUACCACCUGCCACUAGUAAGAACAGCACACCACUUAUGGGGUAAGAGUAGUAUAAUCCUGUUGUAAUGAUCAUGGUUCUAGGGGCCAUUUUGAUAUUUAAAGCUACAUAAUAUUCUGAUAUUGCAUGAAGAGUGCAGGAUGAUGACCAGCUUAUUGUAGAAGUGAAUUGAUGCAUUUAUUGGGUUAAUUUGCUUUAAACAGAUGGGAGCAAACUUUAAACAAUAUUGAACAAGGUUAUUCUUAAUACGUAUGUCUUGGCAUUAUGCACGACUUUAAAGAUUAAACGAUGUGGAACAAUUAACAUUCUUAUUAUAAAAAAGUUUUAUUAUUUUAAUGACCCAUUUCCACUUCCAAUGAUAAGCAAGUAAGGUAAUCUUUACUUAGCCAAAUAUAGUCCAGUAUAUCAAUUUGAAUUCUCGGAGUAAUGCAAAAUUGGUCCUGCGCUUGCUACAUAUAGCAUCUUUUAAAAACAAUUGAUUACUGUAGUCUCACAUAUGAAAUUGUACAUGCACUAAAAGAUUUAAUUUCAUUAGCUGUCCUUUACAUAUAAUUAUUAAUUGAUCUGGUAGAGAUCAUUUUAAAUCCUAAUGUUUCAUUUGUUUCUUUUGUGUUUGCUUAACUACAGUUAGUUAGGAUUUCAACAUGUACUGCAUGUAAAUAUGUACUGCAAGUUAACAUGUAUUAUUUGCCAACAAAAUACUGUACUAAAUUAAAAAUGUAUUUAGGGAACUAGUGAGAAGUUAUUGGAGAAAAUGUUUAUUUGAUGAACUGAUAUCCUAAAUGGUGCCACAACUGCUUUCAUUGUAUGUAUCGGAAAAAGUUAUUAAUAUUCUGUAGAAUAUUUCAAAACUUGUUCCAUUAUGUAUUGAACAACUACUGGAAAUAUUUAGGAUUUCAUCCUUUUAAGUUUAUUAGUAAUAAAAUAAUAUAUUUCAGUAUUUUCUCCCGUGACUUUUACUACUACUAUAACUUUUACUCUUAUGACUUGAAUUACUGUAGACAUUUGAACAGUUUUGUCACUGGUCAGUUUUACCCUUGCAAUGAAGAUGUCUACAUAACCUUGUGCAUAACUUCAUGUAUUAUUAAUCAAAAUUAAAAAUAAUGGUUUGUACUUGCAUCGAUAUGAUUUUGGAAUAAUUUCGUGCCCACAUGCUCAUACACCUUACAUACGUAUGUAUACAGAUGUACAGCCAUCCACACUAUUCAUAAUAAAAGUACAGUACGAUAAAUAGUGACACUCGUGUUCUUUAGAUAGUUUUUCUAGAGAGAGGUGCUAAUAAUGUACUAUAUCAUACUGUACAUAUGUGGUCUCUACAUCCCGUGGAAAAAACUUACAAAUACAUAUAUAUUUACAUAUUUACUCAAUAUAUAAUUUAUAAAUUCAGGGAUAAUCUGUUUUUAUAUCUCAAUUUUUUUUUUUUUUAGGCUACUUCAUUGUUCAAGGUUAGGCUAUCAGUGUAAGUUUUGCCACAUUUUGUGCUCUCAUUGGCCUGUUACACAUUGACAUCACAGAUCUGGCCUUUAGCUGUGUGUGUGUGUGUGUUAGUAGUGUUCAAAUGUUGAAAUUCAAAACAAAGAUCACAGAAUACACAAUUAAUCCAGGUGGUGAAGCCCAGAAAUGUACAAACAGAUCAUGUACUUGAGAUUAAGAUAAUCUACCCCAGAAUGCACGCUAGGAACUUGACUUGGAUUGUUCUAUUCGUUAACCUCACAGUCUUGAGCUGUGUAAAUGUUUUUAUAAGAAGUAAGUUUUUUUUUUAUCUCGUCUGUUCAUGCAUUUGUGUAAUCAGCUUGAUUGCUUUAUUUAAAAUAUAGACAGUCAACUAUUAUUAAAUAACAAUGAACUCGAUAGUGAAUAUAUUAUGCCAAAGGCUUAUUGUAGAUACAGUAUGUUUGAAUUACAUAAUCUUUUCUAGUUUUUAGUCUGGAGCAGUUUCUUAUUUAUGUAAAUAUAUCAAUAUAUAUUUAUGUAUAAACAUAAUUGUAUAUUCAUAUAUGAUAGCAUAUAUAGAAUGAGGAAGUGCUCCACUUCUUUAUGGAUUCCAAGACAAAUAUUUGUUCAAAUUCUAAUAUAUAAAGCUUUCACUGUUAUAUAAUGAGCCAGGCACGGCUAGCAGAUAACAGACAUUUGCAUCAAAUUUAUGUUUAUUUGUAUCACUUAAUCAGUCAAAUUUGGUAUUAAAGAAUAUAUGAUAAACUAAAAUUUAUAAUAGAAUGCUGUAUUGCUUUUUUAGACCAUGGUGAAUACACGCAAAAAUGAUUAAAUCAUUUUAAUAAAAGUAAUAUAUAUCGUGGUAGAUUAAUUUAAGGUUUAUGGAUGCAAGUUGAACUGUGUGCAGCAGUAAAGCUUGCAGUAUGGUACUAAAAAUUUCAAGCAUUUGCCAUUUUCAUAAUUUUUAUGUCAUAAAUUUAAUUUAGCAACUCUUUAACAUUCAAAAUUUAAAAAAAAAAAAAAUUUUAUUUCCAAAGUCUGAAGAAAUUUUAACCAUCUACAUUGUAUUGAAUAAAUCAGACUACAUGAUAUUGUACUGUACUUGAACUACAGCAGGAACAAGUAGUGUGUGACUACAUUUUGACACAUUCAAAGUUCACUUACACAAAGCUGAUACUUUUUCCUAACAUUCAAGAACUGUCAGACUUGCUGGAAAGAAAUUUAAAAGCAUCUUACAUUUAUUUGGCAUUUUUUAAAUUACAAAUUCUAAUAGGAAAUGUUAAAAACUCUAAACUUGAUAUUAUUGGCUUGAAUGACUGAGGAUUUACACAUUAUUGUUUUAAGAUAGUGAGAUAUUAAAUGGGAAUAAUGGUUAAGAAUUAUUAGUUUGUGGAAGAUAUAUUAUUGUUAGUCAUUAUAAAAUUUAACCGAUUCUGUGCUACAGCUUUUUGAAUCACUUAAGAGAUAGUAUUGUAGAGAGAAUUAUUACCCUGGCCUGACUACACCCUUCCUGCGUCCCCCUGCUGGGAAGGUGGACGUUUAGCAUAGCAGCCUCUUGUGUCCUCACGCUGAGUAGAAGAGAGCGGAGUAUAAGGGAAGAAUUAUUGCCAGUUUCGAUACAUAUUAUGAAUGUGCUUGUUUUAAAUAUUUCUAAACUAUUAUGUGAAUAUUACCAUAAUCAAGAUAUAUCUAAAUCAUUAAAAGUGAAAAUAUUAUAUUUAAGAAGAAAGUGUAUAAUGAAAAAAUAGGAAUAUGCAUGGAGAUAAUAACAUUUAUAUAAAUCAACAAUGAAAGUAACUGUGAUUCAGUAUCUGCAUAGGACAUAGGACUGUAUGAAAGGUACAGUGAGACGUGUGUACCUCCUUUAUCUUUAUAAUGCUCUUUGCUGAAAGUGUCUAUAUUUUUAGCAUGUAUUCAAAGCUGCCUUACAAUUUUGAUGAACUUUCCUUAAUGUAUGUCUAUGACUUGUUUUUAUAAUGUUACUUGUUGUAAUUGUCUGUAUAUUUAGCCUGGAUUCAGAGCCAAUUGUUAUUCAGGUAUGUCAUUCAGGAGGAAGUGUAUUUUGAUUUGCAUUCCUAGAUAUAUCUUUGUACUGUUCAAAAUUGCCUUAAAAUUGAAAUUGAGCAAUUUUCACAAGCACUGGCACACACUCUUCCCUCCCUCCCUCCCACUCCUCAGAAGCAUACCCUCUAUAGGCUUCCCUUCCUCCCAACUGCUCCUGGUGAGCAGUUGGGAGCUUCUGCGGCCAGUAUGUGCACAACGUUUUUAUGGUGAGGGCUGCUGACCUGUGCUUUUCCCGAGUGUGUGUACACGGAUUAGCUCUUAAGCUAUACUUCUUUCAUGCAUUUUAAACUUUGUGUUUUGGUUCUGUUGUGUUACUACUUGCUGUCAAAAAUUGGCAAAUUUUGUUAACAAAGGAUGAGGCUGUCUUCACCUUAACCUAGUCCUAUAAUAGUAUCUUGAGCUUGCAGUAUGUCUGUUUAUAUAAGAUAUUAGGUCAUGUCAUUUUUUAUUUAUUUAAAGUAAUGCUUUCCUAUAAAUUAUCUAAAUAUAAUGUUUUCUUAUACCAUUGUUAUUGAAAACUUUGUACUUCAUAGUACAAAAUGAUUGUGGGAUAUGAUAGUUUAUAUUAUAUUUACUGUAACAAUGGUAAACAAACAAGAAAUGUGUUAUAUUUUGUGGUGGUGUGAUAGGUGUGUCGGUGCACCUCCACUCCAAGUAUGUAUAAUGACAGGAUCACCAAUCAUAAUUUACUUACACAGUGUAUUCAGUGAAAUGUCAGAUUUGUAUUAAAAUGCCAUUUCUAAAAUACGUUGUGAUCAGAAUGUCGGUGUGUAUCGGCAUAAGGUAAAGAGGAUUGUUUCCAGACAUUGGUUGUAUUAACAUUUUAAAUGCGACUUAAAAGUAAUGCUGAUGAUUAGUACUAAAUGUAUUUCAGAAAACCACUGUAAAAUCCUCUUUUAUUAGCAAUAGCAUUAUGCAGAUACACACAGACAAUAACUUUGUUAUUAGGAUAAUUAUCUUGAAAUGAAAUUUUAUAAGGUGAUGGGUUUGAGAAUGUUUAAUUUUUUUAGGGAAACUUUUGGAUUUGGUUUUAUUAAGCAGUUGGUAACAACUAUAGGGUGUAAUGAUCCGAGACUAGUAACUAUCUGUGAACGUAGACUUGUAUAACAGUCAAAGGUCAGUCAUGAUGCAGCAUUUGAAUAUUGUACAUAUGUCAUAUUAAGUUUUCCCAAGGUCUUCUUUUUUAAUAUAACACCAAUAUUUAACUAACAGUGCCAAACAAAGAACAUUAACCCUUAUAAAGCACCAUAAAUUAUCACAAAUAUGUUAGAACGCAAAUUAAAGUAAAUAGGUUUUCUUCAAAGUAGGCUUGUCUUAAUUUAUGCUACCAAAUAAAGUUUGAGGUAUGAA